CGCUUGUUGGAUAAACACGCAGCUUCCAAACAUGACCGCUGCUGUUGUUGUCCGGAGGUUAGCAGCUCUGUCAGGGGCUUCUGCGGUGGCAGCAGGGGCAUACGGGGCUCACGGCUUCAAAACAGCGACCCCGAUGACUACCAGAGAGUGCUAUUUGAAACGGCCAACAAGUAUCAUUUCUACCACAGCCUGGCUCUGCUGGGUGCUGCCCACUCCAGCAAACCUGCUGUGGCGGGGACCCUCCUGUAGCGGGCAUGGGCAUGUUCUGUGGCUCUCUGUACCACCAGUCCAUGACCGAGAGACCCUGCUCUACGCAAGAUUGCUCCCAUGGGGGGGUGUAGCCUAUGAUCGCUGGCUGGCUGGCUAUAAUUAUCUGAACUGUAACAGUUCACGUCCCCUCCACAGGGCCGCUCUGUGACGCUGGACUGUCAGACUGUUAAUGGAUGAACUGCAGGGGGGGGGGGGGAGUUUAGAAGUGCUGAGUAAUGUCGCCCAUCUAAUCGCUCAUGUCCAGGGGUUGUGGGUGUCAGCGGCAGAUAAGGUCACAGGAUUAUCACUUUUCUACCAUUGCUGUCUGUUUCUGAUCGCUGCCCUUAAGUUAAAAUGGAUACACAGAGAAUAAAGCAUGUGUCAUCUCGACAAAUUGUUGACUCAUUUCCACUGGUAUGUCAAUUUUGAACUUGGAAAUCAAAUCUAGAAGUUCCUGAAGUUUUACUUAACAGUGAAUAAAUACAGUUUCUAUUUAUGUUUCUGUAAAUGUAUACAGCAGUGGUAUUGCAGAAGUAGAGCAAAAAUGAAAGGAAUAUGAGGAGAAAUAAAUACUUUUUCUUACACAU